AUGGUCCUUCGAAAGUGCACCAUCUGUGACCGCCGGUUCAAGAAGACGGAGCAUUUCAAGCGUCAUGAACGGUCUCACACCAAAGAGCGCCCCUACGAAUGCAAUGUGUGUCACAAAAGCUUUUCGAGGAGUGAUGUUCUGAGUCGGCACGCCAAAGGCCACAAUCAAGCCGCGACAACUGCAGGGGUGGCGAAAGCUUCGACGGCAGAGAAAGCGCAAACUCGCCGCCCCUCCGCGAUAAUCGGCGCAUCACCAAUGCUGGGCGGGCCUGAAAAUGGGACACCUUUUCUGCCCAGCAUCGGCACGGAUCCGCAGCAAAUCUCCAAUCUUCAAACACCGCGCGAAAUGACGCUCUCAGCUACCGGGAUUCCCCUUUCGAGUCUAGACUUCCUUGCGGAUAUCUCAGCGCACCAUGGUCGAAUAGAACCGGACAUCAAUUCGAUGCUUAUGGACGAUCAACAACAGUAUUUCAGCUGGAAUGAACCAACUCCCAUCGAUCACACUCAACGGAAUGGCAUGGGAUUUGAAAGUGUUCCAAAUGAUAUGCUACAAUUAUGGCUCGAGCCUCGCACGGACACCGGAUCCAAUCAUGGCUCGCUCGAUAUGUUGCGUGACACUCAUUUCCCUUUGAUGAGCGAGAGUAAUGUGGUGGUUGCACCAGAUCAGCCAAAACGCCAUUCCGUCGAUGGGAACUCUGGUGGUGACAACAUUCCCAUUGAGCGUUUCACCAAGGUCCAGCGGUUCUGGCUUGCUCCGCCAAAUCACACGGGUCGUCUCAUGAAUAGCCUGUGGCGUGACAUUGUCCACGCGGACGUUGACAAUAUCUUCUCCCUUUAUCCCCUUAAAACCUCACCCGACAGCGGUCAGCUUCAGGGGUCACGGUGUGGUGUGGACGAGGACUGCAGACGACGGCUUCAAGCUGCGUUUGGUCAGACAUACGCAUAUUCGCAGAUGCAGUCGCCGAGAAACGGCGUUGCGUCUCCUACUCCCACUGGCUCAGCUUCCACACCUUUCCCAGGCUUUCCUCCGGCAGAGAUCUUAGAUAUGGCGUUGGAUCUUUACUUUCGCACUUUCCAUCCUCUCGUUCCAUUCGUCCACCUCCCGACCUUCUCUGCCAAGAAGACCCGCCUACCACUACUCUACGUAAUGUCUCUUAUUGGGAUGAUGUUGCUGGGCACUAAAGGCACUGCCAGCUUCGUGUCAAGGAAUUUUACAUUCGUCCUAGAAAAGAUAACCGCUGAUCUGGCAAGGUGCACUAUGGGGGUGGAAUCCCCAGCGAGUGCCAUGUCAAUCUUUGCAACAGCUUUCUUGUUUCUAAAUCUAGCGGUUCUGACAGAGGAGAAAGCCCAUCUGGAACAAUGUCAGAUGCUAUACGUCAACCUCAUGUCUAUCACUCAACGACAUGGGCUAUUUGCAGCGACCGAGGGCCAAAUACUCGACAUGAGUCUAUUCGAGGCAGUGCCCGACAUCGACAUGAGAUGGAAGGCAUGGAGCAAAGUGGAAUCCGCAAAACGAGUGAUCAUCGGCCUCCUCCUCGUGGACUCCUGGUAUUCCUCGCUUCUUUCAACGAGUCCGGUCAUUGUCCCAGAGUCCGUCCAAAUCAUUAUGCCCUGCAGCGAAGCCCUCUUUCGCGCCCACUCAUCGAUGCGAUGGACGCAGCUUAUUCGUAGCGGCAAGCGGAUCUUGAUACCAACGGUGCUGGCACCGUCUGAGAACAUCAACAUCCCGGCACUUGAUGGGCCCAUGGAUGAAUUCUGCAUCCAAGCAGUACUGGCGAUGGUUCAACUCCGCCAGUCAGAGGCCUACCACCGCCUCCUUUCAAAUCGUGCAGGGUAUCCCUUCGCACCCUGUCAUACCUACGCAAUGGAUGGUCGCGCGAGAUGCCUUCCAUCACUCCAAUCGCAGAUCAUAUCCAGCUAUGGUGAAACGAUGGACCGGCUUAACCCUAAUGCUCUCAUCAUGUGGCACCACAUGUGUAUGAUGCUUACAGCCGACAUCCAGAUCUUCGACUUCGCAGCAGGCCGCGCUGCUCGACGUGCCUGUCUUCAUGCAGCGCACAUCUAUAAAGCGAUGACCAAUCGCAAAGCUUCUGACCAUCCCACCUUCCACUCCGUUUUCUCCCUCUUCUCCGCGGCCCUGGUUCUGGGUCUUUACACCUUCAUGGUACCCAACUCGGCCGGCACGCCUUCCAGUGUCGGCUCGAUCGAACUCUUGGAUGAGAUCGAUUGGCAGCAGGUUGGCACUGAAGGUUUCACGAGCUUCAUGGAGCCAAGAGGCAGCCAAUCAUUUUCCCCAACUGAUGACCCGGCCUCGAACUUCAUUCGCAAUGGCGCCACGAUUUACCUGCGCGGUGUACCUUUCCAGGGCGGAUACCAGUCCGCCAGGCGGAUCCUGCUGGACUACGCUAAUCUGCUCAAGGAUUCUGGAAAGUGGAGCGUCAAGAAGUUUUCAUACGUGCUGCACAUCAUGAGUGAUGUGCUGAUGGACGUGGAGUAA